GUUAAUCAGUUUCGUAACAACUUUGAAACAGAGACCACUUAUAGGAAUAAGGCAACAAUGAUUAAAUAACUUCAUAGUUAAAUUGAAAUUAAUACCUUUACUGUAUCAUCGAAAGAGAUUUAAACACUAAGAAUUGCACGUGUCACAUACAACUUGAUGUCAAACUGUCAGUCGCUCAGGAGUGGCUGUAACGUGUUAAGCAUGGCGCUCUGCCAAGCAUUUUUCGUGCCCGGUUUUCUAUCUUUUUGACGCGUUUGUAACAUGUAUUCGCUUCAAGAAUACCAUCAAUGAUACCACUUCAAGAAUGUCAUUAAAACUAUAUUGAGUCUUCGUUUUUAUAUACAGUUUCAUACUGCAAAAGAAAGAAGAUCAUUCAUAAAAACAGCCCUGGCAAUCUUACAAAAUGCUUCCUAUUUCGCACAAAGAUUCGAGAAAUCUGGGAAACCGGAUAAAAGAAAAGCUGCUGGGAUGGAAGCGUCUAAUAUUUUCUGACAAAAAUACUAGGAAUUUGUUUAUGUUCUUAAUGCUAAAUCUAUCUUUUGCCUUUGUUGAAUUAUCAUAUGGCAUAUGGACAAACAGUUUAGGUUUAAUAUCGGAUAGUUUCCAUAUGUUUUUUGAUUGUACAGGGUUAUUGUUUGGUUUAGCUGCAUCUGUUAUUACAAAAUGGAGGGCGAAUGAACGAUAUUCUUAUGGAUAUGUCAGAGCAGAAGUUUUAGGAGGAUUUGUAAACGCUCUAUUAUUAUUCUUCAUUGCUCUGUUCAUUAUGUCAGAAGCUGUUGAGAGAUCCAUUGAACCACCAGAGGUCAAACACGAGAGACUUCUUGUUGUGUCUGUCUUGGGAUUGGUAGUUAAUUUAGUAGGAAUAUAUGUGUUCCAUCAUGGACAUGGACACGGCCAUGGAUCGGGACAUGGCCAUUCACACUCACAUUCUCAUUCUCAUAGCGGCCAUGGACAUUCCCAUUCGAACCACAGUCAUAGUCAUGAUCAUCACAACAUUGAAAUUGAUCCCUCCUUUAGUGGUACAAAUUCUCAGAUCAUGAAAGGAGUAUUUCUGCAUAUUUUAGCGGAUACUUUGGGAUCCGUAGGUGUGAUCAUAUCUGCAGUGCUAAUGCACUUGUUUGGCUGGUUUAUAGCUGAUCCAAUUUGUUCCAUGUUGAUUGCAGUAUUGAUAGUUUUAAGUGUACUUUCAUUGAUGAAAGACUCAUGGGAAAUAUUAAUGCAAAGGCAACCAGCAGCAUUGGAUUAUGUUCUACCACAGUGUUACAACAAAGUGACCCAAUUAGCUGGAGUAUACAGUGUACAAGAACCACAUUUCUGGACUUUGUGUUCAGAUGUAUAUGUUGGGUGUUUGAAGUUAGAAGUGGCUAGAACAGUAGAUCCCAAAUAUGUUGUAGCACACACUCAGAUGAUAUUCCAAGCAGCUGGGGUAAGGCAUUUAACGGUCCAGCUGGAUUACGCACGCAUGUGAUCUCUGAAAGACAUUAAUGUCAUGAAGUGUUCUUAUAAGUGCUCCAAGACUGUAUCUGUUUGCGGAGUCUGCCAGAAACAAGCGCGGAACACAGCUGUAAUGCAAAAUAUUUCUGUCAUCUUAAAGCUGUGCAAAUGCAUUGUUCUAACUAACACCAAAUAUCAACUUGGAUUACAAAUUGUUUGAAACUAUCGACAGUUCUUCAAAAUUCUAGGUAACAUUUAAUACAGGAUACAAACAUACUCCUAAGGAUUGUGUUUCAUUUAUAAUUUCAUUCCUCCGUUUUUGCUAUUGUAUAUAUGUAGAUAUCAAUUCACUUGUAUCUCUGGAUUAUUUACUUCUGUACCAAAAUUAAAUUAAUCAUUGUUUACAAGAACUAUGAUUUUGUACUGCUUGCUCACUGAAAAUCAUCGAACAGAUUUUGUACUAUUCAUUCAUUACACGAAGAUUGCAUUUAAACCAUGGAAAAGGAAUACUAGUGCAUUAAUUACAUACUUUUCUUAUCAUAGCACGGCUAUUUUAAGCUGCGUCUAAUAUCGUUUUCAUCCGUUGUUUUGUUAGUGAAUAAUUUUACGUGUUGGUAAUAACAUAUAAUUUGAGCAUUAUAGUCAGGUGUAUCGCAAAGGGAUUUGACGAAUAAAUUACUAUCUUUUUGUAACACCGACGCAAUCAUAAAUGAUCACCUUCAAACGGCCACAGACAGUUAAUCGAUAUUAUACAAGAACAAAAAUGUAUAUUACAUAUACACAUAUAUACAUAUAAUUAUAUACACAAUUUACGUCUAUUUGCGAUACAUUUGAUGUAUAUAUGUAUAUGUAUAAAUACAACUUCACAAAGUGUAAUAUAAAUUGAUAUUCUUAAGUUUCCGUGAAGUUAAAGUCUCCUCAAAAUUGUACUUACUUCGUACAAUUUAUUUGUGCUAAGUGGCGGUCAUAUUUCGAUGGAUGCUUAACAGCAGAUACAGAGGAAAUUAUAUCACGGCGGCGUGUUUGUAUUCGCGAUACUCGUAUCUGAUCGACGGAAUACCGCGUAACAUCAAAAUUAAUUGUACCGUAGGAAAGUUUAUCGGAUCUUGUAACAUUUCGCCCGAAGGCCGAUAGCCGAGCUAGAUUAUCGAAUGAUUUGUAAUCAUGAAUUUGUAAGCACGACCAGCGACAUUCCAUAUAGCCGAGAUUCACGAUUUGGCUUACUUCGAGCUGCGAUGACGACGUAGGUCAGAAUCCGAUGGCGGAGUGGAACUAAACGUUGAUAGAAAUCGAUAAGAGUAAUAUAGGAAAUUUUUCUAUUGAUCACGAAACAUGACAUACAAUCCCAUGAGACUUCUAUUUAAGAAGCGCGAUGAAGUUUUCAGGAUGAAAGUGAACGUUGUUACGUUUUAUUAACAUAAUUGUAUAGAUGGACGAUGAAAAGAGAAUAAUCUCGAUGUCAACAGGAUGUAAAUAAUAAAGAAA